GCUGGUCUGAGCUUGGCUACGUCAGAAACACUGCGGCGGAACGCCACCGGUAGACCGACAUCGCGACUCGAUUUGCGUCAAACGCCGCUGGGCGUCUUUGGGGGUACUUAGCGACGGUGCUCGACACAUGCGUCCUCACGCCUCAAUCUCUUCCCCCCAAACGCUCCGCCAAGGGCUUUCCCCCCUCAAUGACCGUCGAAAACCCAAUGACGGCGCUCAACACCAUCGCAGCACUCGCGCAGGAUAUCACACAACGAAUCGACUCGCUUGCGUUCACUACGGGCAGCUACAAGAGCCUAUCAGAGGCUUUGACCCUCAAAUUGAUUCAAGGUAUCGAUGGCGCACUAUCAGUUGCGCUAUCCCGUGUUCGGGUGCUCCGCAACUCCAUGUCGCCCGUCAACUCCCUGCCCCCGGAGAUCCUCACAGCAAUAUUUGGGUGCCUCACGGAGUCCGCCAAGACCCCUGCCACCGUUGCAGGGAUAGCGAGCCCCAGGGAGUGGGUCCCCAUCACCCACGUCUGCAAGUACUGGCGCGAGAGCGCUCUCGGGUUUCCCUUCAUGUGGAGCCCGAUCGUGUUCGAGCCAGAGGACAUUGUCAACGAGUCGAGUCUGCCGUACCAGUGUCUGCGGCGCUCACUCGGCGCUCCACUGGACGUGCAGAUUAGAUGCGACGGAGGGGUAGAUACCCGAGUCUGGGAGACGCUUGCCGCGCGGUCAUCGCGUCUGAGACAGCUGCGCGUCACGGACCUACUCGAGAUCGACCAGCUCCGACAUCUACGCCACGAAGCGCCGCUCUUGCAGACAUUGCACAUCCAAAUCAGCCCUUACCUGCUUGACAAGCGUUGGGCUGGCGAAGACCUUCCCGACGAGCUGCCUGAGCUCUUUGCCGGAAAUACGCCCGCCCUGCGCCAUCUCCACCUUGGCCUGUUCACUUCGUUUUCGACAAACCGCUUCGAGAACCUUGUCGUUCUCCAACUUUCCCACCAAAUCUAUCGCGAGACAAGUGACCUCAGCCAUCUUUUCGCAUUACUCCAAGCGAGUCUAAAUCUGGAAGAGUUAUCUCUCACGGACUGCGACCUUGACUCUGCGCAUGAAGGUCCAGUUCUCACAGACGAACGCUUCCUUCCCAUGUACCGUUUGCGCCGCCUGGCCUUUGUCGGCUGUCACGCGACGAUCGUCAGUAGCGUCCUCGCGCGCAUCGAGCUCGGGCACGACGAGCUCGCGCUGGUCUGCAAGGACUGGAUGCCGAGCGACCGGCCGCUCACGACGAUCUUCCCCUCCAAGGCCGCGUCGCGGCUGUACCCGCUCGAGACCGUGACGGCGCUCGAUAUCCGCUACGACAGCGCCGAGGUGGUCGCGACCGGCGCGCGCACGACGGUGCGGCUCAAGUUCGAGCACGACCUGGACGUCAUCGAGGGCAUCGCGCCGAGCCUCGGCUUCCUGUUCCCGCUGCACGCCGUGCAGUCGCUCGCGCUCGCAGGCAUCGAGCUCCACGACGUGGCGUUCUGGCGCGGGUUCUUUGGCGCGAUGCCUGUGCUCGCGAGGCUUGCGCUCUGGUUGCCACCGACGGCGAUGGACAAGUGGCUCGGUGCGCUGCGCACGGGCGGCGGCGGGGCCUACCCUGCGCCACAACUCGACAUGCUCCGCGUCUUCCCUCCGUACGCCGGGAUCUGGGAGACGGUCACCGCGAUGGUGCAGGCCCGCGCAGACGAUGGACACCGCAUCUGCAUGCUGAACGUCGUGAUGUCGGAGAAGAACCGCGAUGCCGCGAUCCGCAGCGCGUUUGAGGGCCUGGACACGGCGUCCUUGGAGCUGUUUGUGGACAGGGUCGCGCAGGACGUCGUUCCUGAAUACCGCCAAGAGCUGGCUGUACCUGAGGAGCAUCGGACGUUCAUUGAGCAGUAG